UCGCCAAGGCCACGGGGGCAGAGAAAGGGGGGCGAGGGCGGAUUUUGGCCAGUUAGGGCAGCUGGAGCUUGGCUCCAUCACUGGGGCCAGGGCUCUGCCCAGUUCCAUCUAUAUAGACUAUCAAAAAGCGUUUAGACAGUAGCUGCUCUUGUGCAAGAAGACGGUUUCUCAAUUCUCUGAGUAGGGUCUGGGGGUUGUGGGCAGAGGAGACCAGAGAGGCGGAAAAUGGUUGCAUGGCUGAGCAAUGGAUGGGAGAAGCGUACUAGGCUGAAGGGGCUGGAUGGUGGGAGAGGGGAGAGCUUCUACCUGCUUUAUUUCAUCAGCUGCUGGAUGGGCAUUCAUAUUGCCAGGCCUGGGUGAGGGCAGGAGGCUUUGGGAGUUACCCCAGUAUGGUUAGUGUUGAAAGGUGUGGGUUCGGUGGAGUGGCCAGACCCAGUGGGGAACCCCCUUUUUCCUCCCUCCAAAUCAGUGGCGUGAUUAUCUCCAGUUUGGGGAGGGGCAGGAGCAAGUGCAUGCUGUCUGUCUAGUUAGCUGACCAGCGUUCUCCCAUCUCUCUGAUGAGCCUCUGGGAAAUACAAAGCUUUAAGCUGAAGGCCUAGAGUAUUUAGAAAAUGUGGGUUUAUCAACCUGAAUAAGCUUAGGCUGGCCUGAGCCCUACCCAAUAUUGCACUGGUGAUUUCACAACGUUUAGAGUUUUCUGGAUCUUCACACAAAUGGAGCAUAAACAUCUGAAAUUUUUAGGCUUUUUCCCUUUCCAUGUGUGGGUGUGGGGCAACUAGAAAAGGAAGGCUGCAGUUGGUCCCUUCUCUCAGCAGAAGGGUGGGAACGUUGUAGACAUGUCCUGUGUGAAAUUGAAUUUCCUUUUUCCCCAGCCCUUGGGAGGGUCCUCACUUGCCAACAGGCUCCAGGCAAAUCCUAACCAAGCAAUGCACACACUGACCGGCUGAGCUGUGUGGCCAGUGCCAGGGUCCCUAGAAGCCUGUUUUCUCAGUGCAGCCCAGGACCGCCAGCCCCAUGGAGCCCCCAAUUCCACAGAACGUCCCUUUGACUCCCAGCUCAGUCAUGGUCCAGCCCCUUCUUGACAGCCGAACGCCCCACAGCCGGCUCCAACACCCACUCACCAUCCUCCCCAUCGACCAGAUGAAGACCAGCCACGUGGAGAACGACUACAUAGACAACCCUGGCUUGGCACCCCCAAGUGGCCCUAAGCGGACCCGGGGUGGGGCCCCGGAACUGGCCCCUACACCUGCCCGCUGUGACCAGGAUGUCACCCACCACUGGAUCUCCUUCAGCGGGCGCCCCAGCUCUGUGAGCAGCAGCAGCAGCACAUCCUCUGACCAGCGGCUCUUGGAUCACAUGGCGCCACCACCCGUGGCUGACCAGGCCUCUCCCAGGGCUGUGCGCAUCCAGCCCAAGGUGGUCCACUGCAAGCCACUGGACCUGAAGGGCCCAGCAAUCCCACCAGAGCUGGACAAGCACUUCUUGCUGUGCGAGGCCUGUGGCAAGUGUAAGUGCAAGGAGUGUGCAUCGCCCCGGACGUUGCCCUCCUGCUGGGUCUGCAACCAGGAGUGCCUGUGCUCAGCCCAGACGCUGGUCAACUACGGCACCUGCAUGUGCCUGGUGCAAGGUGUCUUCUACCACUGCACCAACGAGGACGAUGAGGGCUCCUGCGCCGACCACCCUUGCUCCUGCUCCCACUCAAACUGCUGCGCCCGCUGGUCCUUCAUGGGUGCCCUCUCCCUGGUGCUGCCCUGCCUGCUCUGCUACCUGCCCGCCACCGGCUGCGUGAAGCUGGCCCAGCGCGGCUACGACCACCUGCGUCGCCCUGGUUGCCGCUGCAAGCACACGAACAGCGUCAUCUGCAAGGCAGCCACCAGCGAUGCCAAGGCCAGCAGACCCGACAAGCCUUUCUGACACUUUGGGUCAAAGCCCCCUGCACUCCUCCUGACGACCUUGUUCCCUUCUGCCAGCUGAGAAGACUGCAGCAAGGCCAGAGGUUCUGCGUCCUGAGACCGACCUUGCCAGUCUGCCCACCUCAGCUUCUAAAGAAACAUGACAGCCCCCCACCCCCAAUGCCUACUCUCUUCCUCAAAGGGAUGAAGAAGCACUUGGGCUUUUUCAAGGCCCUGGAACUUUGUAUGAAACAGAGUGGCAGGGGUGUGGUGUGGUUUUGGGGGGAUUUUUCUUUUCCAGAAGACAGAACACAGAUGUGGCCACGUAUCCGGAAGUUGCAGCUGCUUGAACGCCUUCCCAGUUCCCGCUCCUCCCUCCCAUUCUCCCCGCUCCUUUCCACUCUCUGUGACUGCCUGGGAGGAACCACUAACUGAGUGGCCGGAGGGCCUUUGAAAAAGACCCUGGAGUCUUGAUGGCUAUUGUUUUUUUCUCCUCCCUCUCCCCAGUUUGCCCAGCAUCUUGGGGAAGGUGUAGACCCUGGCUGUCCUUGUACAUACAUGGGAGAACAGGACGGCCCACGAGACCAGGCCUUGCUCCUCGCUGUCUUCCUGGAGCCACGGAUGGAUUUAGGAGCCACUCCACAGAGCACCUCUCCCUUCCAGCUCCACCACUGUGGGGGAAGUUGCGCUCCUAACACCAUCCUCCAGUUCUUUCUGAGUCACAGACUCACCUGCCCGCUAACUUGUCCUGAGUUCUCUCUACCCAGAUUCUCUCCAGAAACUUUAUGGGUUGAGAGGCCCAGGGCAGCAAAUGCGAGACCAAAUACCAUUUUGCCAAUGAGUCUGAGGCUGUGGUCUCUGGAUCCAGUCAUUAUGUUUUUAUAGAAUAAUUAAACCAGAUGCUAAUGGUGUUUUAGAAAAUAAUAAAACACUUGCUUCCUUUUGGGCCACCCCCAGGAAGGGCUGAUUUCAAAAUCUGGGGGGUGAGCAACCUCAAGGAACACAAUCCCCCUCCCCACCAAGAAGAGGAUUCUAACAGCAAAGAAGAGAUGCAGCACCUCCCGUUGGCAGUGGAGCCGAGAUGGGCGCUGGGUUCUUCUCUUCUGGUUCUGCUGCUUGCUGUUGUAGCCUUUCAUGUACAGUGACGUGUCUGUACCUUUCAUGUAAAUAGACAGAUGAUGGGGAAAAGUCUAUUUUAGUGUUAGGAAGCCCUGGUGGGGGAGUCAGAAGAAUGCGGGUGGGGGAAAGAUUCUCCAGGGGCUCUCUGGGGGUGGAGCCCUGCUUCUGUGCAUGGCCACACCGCCCACCGGACAGCCCCCGGAGACGUAGCAACUCUUCCUCUCAAGGUGCUAAAGAACUCAAAGUGCAGCACGUCCAGUGGGUAGGUACUUGUUGCAUGCAAACGCUAUAGUGUGUCUGGUCCUUCUCCCCAGCUGCUGUGUGGGGAUAUUGCUUCACGUGGUAUUCUGUGUCCCCUGUCUCCCCCUCCCCUCAACAAGAGGAAGUGGCCUGGGUCAGGAAAGCGCCCCCCCGCCCCGGGGAAAAUGGAAGUGCAUUAAUUGUAAAGCGUUUGUGGCAUUUCCAGUUUGUCCUGUAGGCACAGAACUGCUUCCAGGAGGAGGCAGGGCGCUGUGAUAGGCAUAGACCAGUGGUUCUCAAGAACUUUCUUUUCCCCCUUCUUGAAGACUAGUAACAACAUCUUAUGAUUCAGAGUAAGUUCAUUGUAACCAUAGGUAUUUAUUGGUUGGAGGGAAGGAGGGGAGGGUCUUACAUUUCAGACUUUAUUUAUAUAACAUUUGCUAGCUUGUAAAAGGCAGAUACGAAAUACUGCAUCUGCGUUGUCCAUGGCUGAUUCACAUAGCUACCCUUGUCACAGUCGUGAUGGAUGUUCGGAUGUUCUUGCACAAAUGGAGGGGAUGGUAGGAGAAAACACACUCAGCCAACCACUUACACUAAUUGAAUGUAUCAGAUGUGUACUGAACGGACUGGAGAUGUUCUCCUCAGAAUUCCUGUGCAGAGGCUUACCCCCAAAACAAGAGGGCAUGAGUCCACUCUCCGGGAGGCCUCAGGACACUCCCCGAGCCCCUCCCUCAGGUGUCUCCACGGGAGACCUGACCCAGUGGCCAGGUGCACUUUGGCGAUGGAGUCCUGCACACCUGUUCUGCGGGGAACUGACUCCUAUAAGCUGUGUGUACACAGGCUCCCUCCUGCCCGCCCUCUGCCCACGUUGACCCCAAUUCCAGCAAACAGCCUCCUGAACCUGACUGUUUGUGUACAUAGUUGUAAACACGGAUUUUUCUGGGUUUUGGUUUUCUUUUCCCUUUUUUUUCUUCCCCCAUUUUGACUUGUUCUUUUUAGUUUGCGUUCAGCCUGCUCAUGGAUGUCUGCAGAACCCCCAGGUGUCCUCUGUGCUCAGCCGUGAAGGUGGAGAGUGGAGUGACUUGGACCCCCCCUCCCAGCUCUGCCGCGUAGCAGUCUCUCCGCGUGUGAAGGCUCGCUUGCCUGGGGACCCGUCAAGGGCCACUGAGGGACCAAGCUCUCUGUAAUAACGACACAUUUCUGUGGCUGCUCUGGCUAACUGUGUUUACUGUCACCAGUGGCUUGCUUGGCUGGGCUAGUCCUCAUCUUAACCUUUUUUGAAAAGUGCCAGCUGGUUUCCACUUCUCUUCAACCUGGAGUGGGUGGUGGUUCUGGGCUGCUUGCCCCACCCACCCCGCCCCUGUCCAGUGUGGGUCUGUGAAAGCCCUGGGAACAGUGUAGGGGAUAGCAAAGCCCUCCCAGGUAGAAGAUGAGGCACAGCGAAGGCUUUUCUGACAGUCUCUGGCUGGAAGGAGGUGGAGACCAGCCCCUGCUGACAAGAUGGAAGACCUUUGGGUGACGCAUCUAGGCCAGUCAGCAUCCUGCAGUCUGCGUGGGUCCUUGUUGCACAUGGAGAUGGAAUGAGACCCCGUCAGAUAGUGAUUUGUCCGGGGUUGCACAACACAGAAAGUGCUGGUUGGGGCCAGCACCUGGAGCUCGGUCACCUUGGAGCUUCCUAUUUUCCCACACUGCCCUGGAUGCCUGACAGGGUGUGGGUGGCACGACUUUGCACUGUGUGACUCAGUUCACUACAGCAUCUGUGAGCUUCACCAGCCCUCUGGUUCAUUCCUUUGGUAAGCAUCUUCAUGCCCUCUGCUUACUGUGACAGUUGGUGACAAUUCCUGCGCUGCCAUUUUUUUGCUGUGGGUAACUCCCGUGUGGUGUCUUACCUUGCUCUCUCUUCCCACCGCCCCCAGUGAGGCUUCCUGUUGCAGCAGGAAAGCCGGCCGGGCUUCCCGUCCCGCCACACCGCUCCCUUCGUUCACCCUCUUCACUGUAGUCCCUUCUCACCCCACAAGUUACCCAGAAGGUUCCCUUUGUAUAGAAUAUUUAUUUUGAAGCUCUAUUUUAAUAGUAUUUAUUUUAGAAAGUCUACUAUUGUAAGAGUUCUUCUGUUUGUGAAGAAAAAAACAAGUUAAAACUGAAUGUACUGAUCUAGAAAAUAUAUAUAAAUAUAUAUUGUUAAAUAUACACAGGACUGCAGUUUCUU